GAAAAGGCAAAGAAGAAGAAGCUCGACGGCCAAAUCGAGGACAUUGAGGAGAAGCUGAAGAGCCAUAAGGCACAGCUCGAAGAGUACAGAAGCAGCUCCGAUGUCAUUGACCAGGAUGUUCUCGAGAAGAGAGAGCAGAAAAUUGAAGAGUUGGAAGGUAAGCUUGCUGCCAAGCAAGAUGAGCAGGGUGACGUCACGGGGAGCAUCAAGGACAUCCAGGCAGAGCAGGAGGAAGCCUUGGAAGAAGAUGGACAAUGUCCCGCAGCCAAG